AACCAAAACAAAAAUUUGUAUAUGAAUUACGGUUUUUUCUUUUCAUUUGGUCGAAAUUUAUUUGAUUCGAUUUAAUUGCUGUUGGUGUUGUUGCCGCUGCUGGCGCUGUUGUUGUGUUUCUCAUCUCAUUAUUAUUUGAAAUCUUGCAGAUAUUUUGGUAACGUCUUCCUUCUAAGUUUAAGUUUUGCAUGAUUGUCAGUCUGUCGCGUUAACCUAAGCGUAUCGGACGUUAAUCGCUAAAUACAGCUUAAGAUCAGAAGGAAAAAAAAUGAAAUAAAAAUCAAUAACCAACAAAACUUGUGUUUCAAAUAAAAAACAAUAUUUUGAAAAAAAUAUAUAAAAAUAACAAUAGUGUAAGCGGGAAAAAGUAACAAAAUAAUUAAAACUUAAUGAAAUUACAUAAAUUAACUGAAACCCCGCAUUACCCAGCUUUUGGCCAAGAAACAUUAACUCAUCUUGGAUGCAGUGUUUAUAAAUAUUUAGACAAAUGCCCUCUUGCUCUCCGUCCUCCGUACCAUCACUCUCACUCUCUUCCCACCUGAAACGAUUGAGUUUUAAAGACUGAAUUUUGUACGUACAAAGUACGGCUAAUACCAUAAACUGCGUUAAUCUACUCGAAGCAGCUCAGUUCCAGAUAUCCAAACAGUGUUGGCGAUGUGUUACCGCCUUGGACGUUUUUUUUUCAUUCAUUCGUUUUAGUUGAAUAAUGCAUGCGAUUGGCAAAAUAGUGUUAAAAACAAACAUUUAACGAUAUUCAGUGUAAAUCACGAGUUGCAUAAAAAAGAGAAACAAAAACAACAACAACAACAGAAAAACAAAAGUCACCAAUUAAACAAAUAAAUAAAUUAUUUGUAUUUUUUUUAAACCAAAUUACAAAUAAUUAUUUGUGUAAAUUGUGUUUAACUUUAAUAAGUUGUAAUUAAAUCCAAACACCCACUCCCUGACUCCCAAUCCAUCCAUGCUCAGUGUCAACAGCAAUAAAUUCAAAAUGCGGUUUCAAUUAAUUCUAGCCAUUGCCAUGGCUGUGCUGAGUACAGCUGUUGCCAGUAAUUUGGCAGGAUAUGAAGGCUACAACAAAUAUACCGUGCUCCACGAUAAAGAUGGCGCCUUCCAAUAUAUGGUCGAAUUGCAGACCCAAGAUGUUGAUUUGGAUUUCUGGUUGUUAUCACGCAACAUGUCAAUUGUAUCGGUUAGUCCUGUCAUGCAACCGAUUUUUGAGCAAAGACUCAACGAAUUGGGUGUCUCGUAUCAAGCCAAACCACUGAUGGAAGAAAUGAAAUCGUUCAAUGAAACCAUAACUGGAUGUGUGGGCAGUGAAUGUGAACACAGCCGUACACGAAGACAGGCUAGAGGAUUCUUUACCCACUUCCCCAGAUACUCAGAGAUCCUGAGUUUCAUGAACGGUUUGGCCGCUCGUUACCCACAGUAUUGUCGCUAUGAAUCGUUGGGUCGUUCCUCCGAAGGACGUCAUUUGGCCGCCCUGUCUAUUUCGUUGAAUAGUCGUGUGCGUCCUAGUCGUGUAGCCUAUAUGCAAGCUGGUGUUCAUGGUCGUGAGUGGAUUACUCCCCUGUCUGUGCUCUACUUUGCCAAUGAAAUGUUAUCCAACAUUCGGGCCUUCCAAAAGGUGCUCAACAAUGUUGAGUUGUACUUGUUACCGUUGGCCAAUCCCGAUGGCUAUGAAUACACAUUUACGACGGAUCGUUUCUGGCGCAAAAACAGACACCACUAUCCCGGUCGUUCAUGUGUUGGUGUGGAUAUCAAUCGUAAUUUCCCCAAUAAUUGGAAUUUGCGUGGUGCCAGUCAAAAUCUUUGCUCUGAAGUCUUCUCGGGUACUUCACCUGCCUCAGAACCGGAAACAUCGGCAAUUUCACGUUAUUUGCAAUACAAUCGCCAUCGUGUAAAGCUUAGCUUGGAUGUCCAUUCAUUUGGCAAAUUCAUUUUCUAUCCCUACGGCUAUGCCAGAAAUGCUUUUGCACCCACCCGCAGCUUCUUGCAUCAGGUGGCGUUGCGUGCCAGCAGCCAGAUUGCCAAAUACCGUGGCACUUCGUACACUGUCGGUACUUCGGCAAAUAUUUUGUAUGAGGCUUCCGGUGGCCUUGAUGAUUAUGCUUACGGCAAUUUGGGCAUUCCCAUGUCCUUUACUCUUGAGUUGCCAGGAGAGAAUUUCCAAGUGGCAUCGAAUGACAUUAUCCACAUAUGCAAGGAGACCUUUGCUGGUUUUGUUGAGUUUGUACGUCAUGUUAGUUUAUUUUAAAUAGGCUUCACAUGGUGUGAAGCUGAGGAGCAAUCUGGCUUGCCUACUUUAGAUUUAGAGUAUUUUAAUGCUACAUACAACGCAAUUUUGCAUUUUUUUUUCAAAAAUUUUUAUACUCAUAUUUUUUUUUAAGAAAUUUGUAUUAUACACCAGUUAUGUGUGUGUAUGUUUGCAUGUCAAAUGAAUUUAGUGAAAUUUUAAUUGUCAUAUCAUAAUUUAGUAUUUAAUUUAAUUGUUAAUUA